AAAACACUCAAUCUGUUGGGAAUCGCAGUUCAAACUGAUAUCAGAAACAAGCAACAUGUUUUGGGCACCGGUGCUCGUGCUUUUCGCACUGUUCUUUUAUUACUUCCUUUACAAACCACAGCUUUAUUGGUUUAAUAAAAAUGUCAAACAGGGACCACCUGUGCCAAUCUUUGGGGAUAAUCUGAGACUACUUUUGAAGCAGGAUAGUUUCCAGGAUAUGAUAGUCACAGUUUACAACCGAUUUAAAAAUGCCAGAUAUUGUGGCUUCUAUCAAACUACGUUACCCACAUUGAUGAUUAGAGAUCCAAAUUUGAUCAAGCAGCUGACCGUCAAAGACUUCGACCAUUUUGUUGACCACCGUCCGCUUACUCCACAACAUGUCGACCCGCUUUGGGGAUACAACUUGUUUGCUCUCAACGGUGAUGAUUGGAAGCAAAUGCGGGCCACCCUUAGUCCUACUUUUACCUCCAGCAAAAUGCGAUCCAUGUUCAUGUUGAUGGAGAAGUCCGCCAAGCAAUACGUAGACUUUUAUUUGAAAAAGAAUCAAAAAGUGAUUGAUGUUGAACUCAAAGAGUCAUUUUCACGUAUUGCUAAUGAUGUGAUUGCGAAUUGUGCAUUUGGAUUGACUGUGGACUCCCUCAAAGACCCCAAUAAUGAUUUCUACAUCAAUGGAAAGGACGCUACUAAUUUAGGCAGGUUCUCCACUAAUAUGGUCUUCUGGUUGAAUACAAUUUCUCCAAAAAUCUCCAGUGCUCUGAAUCUACGCAUGUUUUCAAAGAAAAGUACAGAUUUCUUCAAGAAAAUUGCUGAUGAUACUAUCAGAUACCGAGAAGAAAAGAAUAUCAUCCGACCGGAUGUGGUACAUUUAUUGAUGGAAGCACGUAAAGGUCGUUUACGAUACGAUGAAUCCAGUAAAACCCAAGAUGCAGGUUUUGCUACUGUUGAAGAAUCAGAUUACGGAAAAAUUCAAAGUACAAAGAAGAUGGAAUUCACUGAUGUUGAGGUUGCUGCACAAAUGUUUGUCUUCUUCUUCGGAGGUUUCGAUACCAUUUCCACCAUGAUGUCCUUCACCUUCUACGAAUUAGCUCUACAUCCAGAGAUUCAAGCAAAACUCAGACAGGAAGUUGACGAAGUUUACGAGAAGAACAAAGGUCAAUUAAGUUAUGACAUCCUAAAUGGAAUGAAGUACUUGGACAUGACCGUGACGGAAUCUUUAAGACUUCAUCCACCUGCGAAUUUCAUUGAUAGGUUAUGCACCAAGGAGUAUACCAUUAAACCGGAACAUCCCGAUGAACAUCCCGUGCAUUUGAAACCUGGUGAUUCCAUUUGGGUUCCUGUGGUUGCUCUGCAUUAUGAUGAGAAGCACUAUCAGAAUCCUACUGUGUUUGAUCCGGAACGCUUCUCUGACGAGAACAAAGACUUGGUUAAACCCUAUACUUAUCUUCCCUUUGGUUCUGGACCUAGAAAUUGUAUUGGGUCUAGAUUUGCGUUGAUGGAGGUUAAGGUUUUGAUUUAUCAUAUUUUGAGGAACUUUGAAUUGACUGUGAUUGAUAGAACUACUGUUCCUUUGAAAUUGGUUAAGGGGAUGGUCAAUAGGUGCGUUGAAGGAGGAUUCUGGAUUGGAAUGAAACAAAGGGCAGUUUAGGACAGUUAUUGCUUAUAAUAAUGUUUUUAAUAAUGAAAGAUUCUUAAAUAUAUUAUAUAUGUUUAUAGAGAAUGCAAAAUAAAUAAUUACAAUUGAA